CCUCACGCCUGAAUCGCCACCGCCGAACUUCUCCAACCUCCAUUCAAGAAAUAUUUAAAAGCUUCACACCCAUUGCGAAAAAUUGGUAUGAACUUUUCUCAGUAAAAUUUGGAACACUGUAGAUUCAAAUUUUGGAAAAAAUUCUGAAGAAAUCACUCUUUCUGCCAAACUUUUUUCUCUCCACUCACCGGGUAAAAAUUUCCCGCCUAAAUGGAGACUUUGUAAUUUUCCCCAAAAAUUGGGAUACAGACGAAGAUAAGAUAAUUGGUGGCGAGAUGACGAAAUUGGUAAACCAGACAGAGAAGCAAGCUGUGAAACGGCUGCAGUGAAGGAAGAGGGAGAGGAAAAGCCAAAUUUGGAUGAAAUGGAGAGAGGAGAGGACUGGGACGGAGAGGAAGACGACGAUGAGUAUUACCUAUCAUCAGAGUCGGAAUUAGCGGAGGCGUUGGACUUUUUAGACGCGAGAGAAGAUGCAGAGGGCGGAAUACUUGAUGGAUCCUUCACGCCGCAGCACACGCGCCGCCCCAACGCUCACGGUGGGCUCCACUCUCGCCCGAACAACUCUUCUCUUCAGCCCAUAUCGAAUAAGUCGCAGAAAGUUGCCAAUCACAUCAGGGCUUCGCCUUUGGAGGAGUGGGAAGGAAGGUUUGAUGGUGGGAUGUCAAACUCUGUUACCACUGCAAUUCGCGGCAGUGUUCGCGAUAUGGCUAUUGGUAAAACAAGGACAACUGAGAAAGCGGAUCGGGCAACAGUCGAGCAGGCAAUUGACCCAAGAGCCAAGAACCCGUAUGGUUUUAUUCAAGAUGCUUAACAAGGGUAUCUUUAAUGACAUAAAUGGCUGCACUGCAUUUCAACUGGAAAAGAAGCCAAUGUAUAUCAUGCUACUAAAUCCGAUGGUCAGGAGCUUGGAUCGAACUUGUUACAUGUUCCGAUAGCAGUUUUCCCUCGGCAUAGGUUGUUUACGCAAAUUGAGAUAAGAUCAUAUGGGAGCAUUUUUGGGAGCUUUUCUUCUUCAUGCGAUCAGUUGUCAAUUUGUGAAUUAUGCAAAGUGAAAAUGGUUAAAAAAAAAAGCUGAAAAACGAGACACACUCUUUCCUUCAGUAUAUGUUUGUGUAUCCUAGAAUAGGAUUGAACUUGCAGUGAGCUUUAUUUUAUUUCCUACUUUGUUCUUUUGUUCACUUAAUAUUUUUUAACAACAUUACAUAAA